GAAAGAAUGUCUAUGACUAAUGACACUCAGUUCCAUCCUUCUUCAUUCCUUUUACUGGGCAUCCCAGGGCUAGAGGAUGCGCACAUCUGGAUUGGAUUCCCCUUUUUCUUUGUGUAUCUUGUUGCACUCCUGGGGAAUGCUGCUGUCCUGUUUGUGAUCCAGACUGAACAUAGUCUCCAUGAGCCCAUGUACUACUUCCUGGCCAUGCUGGACUCCAUUGACCUGGGCUUGUCCACAGCCACCAUCCCCAAAAUGCUGGGUAUCUUCUGGUUCAGCCUCAGGGGCAUAUCUUUUGAAAGCUGCCUUUCCCAGAUGUUCUUCAUCCACUUCUUCACUGCCAUGGAGAGCAUUGUAUUGGUGGCCAUGUCCUUUGACCGCUACAUUGCCAUUUGUAAACCCCUUCAGUACACUAUGAUCCUCACCAACAAAAUCAUCAGCAUCAUUGCAGUCAUUGCUAUUCUGCGGAGCUUGUGUAUGGUGGCUCCACUGGUAUUUCUCCUCCUGAGGCUGCCCUUCUGCGGGCACCAUAUCAUCCCUCAUACCUACUGUGAGCAUAUGGGCAUUGCCCGUCUGGCCUGUGCUAGCAUCAAAGUAAAUAUUAUGUUUGGCCUGGGCAACAUUUCUCUCUUAUUGUUGGAUGUAUUCCUUAUUAUUUUCUCCUAUGUCAGGAUUCUCUAUGCUGUAUUUUGUUUGCCUUCCUGGGAGGCUCGACUCAAAUCUCUCAAUACCUGUGGCUCCCACAUUGGUGUUAUCUUGGCCUUUUUCACACCAGCAUUUUUCUCUUUUUUGACACACCGUUUUGGCCACAAUAUUCCCCGAUAUAUCCACAUUUUCUUGGCCAACCUAUAUGUGGUUGUUCCACCAGCCCUCAAUCCUGUAAUCUAUGGGGUCAGGACCAAGCAGAUCAGAGAGCGAGUCCUGAGGAUUUUCCUCAAGAAAGAUAGCUAA